UGCCUUUCUUCCUGCCUCUCACUACUUUCCACUUUUGGUACAGACCAACACCAUCACUGAGUCCACUCGCCCUCUGACUCAGCCCACAUGGCCUGAGCCAGUGGUUUCCAGCACCCAAAUUAUAGGGGGGUGGGGAGAGAGGCAAAGACAGAGAGGAGGGAGUGAAGUUCACUUGUAGAAGAUAUAAAAGAAGAGUCAUUCAGUCAGUCUUUUGUGCUGUAAUUCAGCGCUGUCUCAACAAAAGGGUUAUCUUCUGGCUAAUGGAUUCUGUUAUGUGGCUUGGAAGGGUCUGGAGGGCAUAGUGUUUGAGUGGUGACUUUUGGGGUAAUGGGUUGGCAGAACCAUUCCGAUGAGAUGUGCCUCACAAUUUUAUUUUGGCCAGAAUGGGAAGGAGAAAGAUCCACGUGGAGGCCUUUGACAGAUUGAAUUUCAGUUGUUUGUUUGGUGGGGAGGGAGAUUAGGAACUAAUGGGACAAAGGCACUGAGAGUGGCAUAUUCAAUGGCACGGCAACUGUUCUUUUUUGGUUACUUCAUUUUUUGGUUUUUGCUUUAUUCUAUGGGUCUCUUCUAGACUCAGGGAUCAGAGGUCCCAAUCUGGUCUGUUUGAAGGGAGCGACAGAGAAAUUUGCUUCCUACGCUUAGAUGUUGAUGCUCAAGUAGAGGGGAAUGGAGAAAUGCUGCAAUUCCAAGAUUUGAGUUGAAGGUAGCACAUUUUAUCAAGAGUGUGAUUGUUGACGGCCCUCUGCAAUAUCUUACUUGCUUUCAUCAUUUUGGCAAAGCUUCCUACUGGUGGCUACAACCUUUGACCAAAUUGAGCUAUUGCAUGCAGGAUCCAAAGAGAAAAUUUUAUGCACAUUGUAUCUAGGACAGAUUGUGAAUUGCGCAUAGUUCUUUUUAUGAGAUGGACUGGAACUCAAAAACUGCCUCGGAGUGGGACUGGGAGAAAUUAGCUGGGUUCAGUUCCAAGUCAACUGAUAUUCCAGAAUUGGUACAACCAUCAAAUCAUGAGAUUGAAGGAGAUGGAGGGGUCGAUAAUGGAUCUGUAUAUUCAUCUGGUGGUGGUGGUGGUUUCUCAGGUUCUGAUUUGGGGCAUGGUUCUUCAUCUAGAAGCUCCAUCUCUGCUUCAGCUGAUUCCUCUGCCAAGGAGGGAAGUAAGAGAUAUGGGGUUGUUGAUGAAUUUCCUAAAGAUUUAACUGAGAGAAAAGAAUGGUCCAGGGUGGACAAUACUGGGAAUUUUCCAUCUCUUGGGGCUUCUGUCAGCUCUGGUGAACCAAUAAUUGGUUUGAAGCUUGGCAAGCGAACUUAUUUUGAAGACUUGUGUGCAGCAAGCACCACUAAGACAUCAACUAUAUCUAUGAUUCCUACAUCCUCAGCUGUUCCCACAAAGAGGUCUAGGGCAUCUUAUCAGAGUACACAAACCCCACGUUGCCAAGUUGAAGGAUGCAAUCUUGACCUAAAGUCAGCUAAGGAUUACCAUCGCAGGCAUAGAAUCUGUGAAUGCCACUCAAAAAGCCCAAAGGUCAUUGUUGCUGGAAUGGAGCGUCGGUUUUGCCAACAGUGCAGCAGGUUCCAUGAACUGUCGGAGUUUGAUGAUAAGAAGCGAAGCUGUCGUAGGCGUCUCUCUGAUCACAAUGCACGGCGACGUAGGCCACAGACAGAGGCAAUCCAGUUUGAUUCUUCUAGGCUGUCUUCAUCACUAUAUGAUGGGAGACAGCAGAUGAAUCUUAUGUUGAAUAGGGUUCCAUUGUCAACUGCAAAUCCAACAUGGUCAAGUGCAUGCAGCUAUAAUAAAGCCACCCAUGCCGGAGAUUCUGUAGCUAGACCUACAAAAACCGGUGGCAUUGAUAGGCAGCUGAAAUUGCUCUCAGAUGAGAUGCCAGGUGCUCCUUCUAUGCUACAAACAGAUUCAAUCAAGAUGUUGUCUUUUGAAGGCAACACACCUCGAGUCUUUAGUCAAGGUUUAGAGGCAUCUUCAUUUGCGUCUAAUGUUGAUGUAGCACCAGAUUUUCGGCGUGCUCUCUCUCUUCUGUCAACCAAUUCAUGGGGUCUGAAUGACUCUGAAGCCAAUGCUCUAGACCAACUCAUGCAUGUAAACAGAACCAGCAUGGCCCAGCCAGCGGUGCAUGCUGAACUGCAAAACUGGGAACUUUCUUCAUCAGGACACGAGCAGGUCGGGCAACCACCACCGCCCGAGUCCCGCGUGCAUUCACUAAAUCAACAUAACAAUGGCGGCAUUCAUUUCAGGAAUUUCAGUUGUUUAAAUCACCCUAUGAGUCUGGCUGCUUUUAUUCCAAUCAAAUCAACUGAUUAUUGGAAACUAGCAUUUCCUGUGAAGCCAUCGCUUUUGUAUACAAUUCAUGUUAGUUCUGGUUGUCAGAAUACGGUUAAUGGUUAUCCUUUAUAUUUGAACUUGUUAAGCAUAAUAUCAUGAAUUUCUUUCCUUCCAAGUCCCAAAUAUGAUAGAUAAACAAGAGAUUUUCCUUUCAA